UGCAGCAACAGUCGCCGGCUCCUCCGCGCGGCCGGGCGGGGCGAAGCGGCAGCUCUGCUUGGGCUGGGCGAGCCGCGGCGGCGGCCGGAGCCCCCCGCUCCCGAGGGUAGCGUUGUCAGGGGGCCUUGCUGCCAGCCCGGCACGGAGCGAGGGAAGCGGCGGCGUGCCCCUCUUGCUGCCCCGGUGCGCAGAUUCUCCCCCGCCCGGGGCGCGUCCCUGCCUUCACCCGCACCUAGCGGAGGGGGCGGAUGGUGUGAGGGAGGCGGGACCGGGCUCACCGCCGCGGGGGGCUGGAGGAGGACGCUCCGCCCGUGACCCGGGCAGCGGGUGCGGGCAGGGCGCCGCGGCAUCGCCCCGCCACCCCCCGGUCGCUUUCCUGGAAAGCGGAGCGGGAGGGCUAGCGGGGUCUCGCUGUGAAGAUGGCGACCCCCGGGAUGAACUGGCAGCAGCAUUACUACGGCGGCGGCGGCUCCUCAGCCAGCGCUGGGAAAUUCGCCGCGUCCAGUUCCCAGCCGGGGCUCAGCGUGGAAUACAGCCAGGAUCUGCACCUCAAAAUGAGCAAGAAAAUAGCCCAGCUCACCAAGGUAAUAUAUGCUUUAAACACUAAGAAUGAUGAACAUGAAGCUGCUAUUCAAGCCCUCAAGGAUGCUCAUGAAGAAGAAAUCCAACAAAUUCUUGCAGAAACAAGAGAGAAGCUCUUACAAUAUAAGAGUAAAGUUGCUGAAGAAAUGGAUCUUAAGAGAAAGAUCCAGGUUUUGGAAGAGUCAUUGGAAGAUCAUAAAAAGAUGAAACAUCAAGCCUUGACAGAAUUUGAAGCUUACAAGGACAGAGUUGAAGAUAUGCAGCUUUGUGCAGAAGCCCAGCAUGUCCAGCGUGUAGUAACUAUGUCAAGAGAAGUAGAAGAGAUUAGAAAGAAGUUUGAGGAGAGGCUACGAAGCUUUGUACAAUUGCAAGUACAGUUUGAGAAAGACAAACGCUUAGCUCUGGAAGACUUGAGAGCAGCACACAGAUUGGAGAUUCAAGAACUUAUGAAAACUCAGCAGAAUCAGAAUGCUACUUUAAGUAAGGGUCAAGAGAAGCUAGAGGAGUUGCACAGGUUGGAACUGGAAGAUUUAAACAGCAAAGUUGAAGAGCUAAGACUGGAGAGGAAAAAACUCAUUGAGGAGUAUGAAGGCAAACUCAGCAAAGCUCAAUCCUUUUAUGAACAUGAACUUGAUGCUUUGAAAAGAUCUCAGCUCUUUACAGCUGAAAGCCUGCAUGCUUGCAAAGAGAAAGAAGUGGAGCUAAGAAGAGAGUUUCAAAGCCAAGAAGCUGUUUUACGGAAGAACCUUGGGAAACUGAAGACUGAAUUGCAGAUGGUACAGGAUGAAGCGGGUAGUCUGAGAGAAAAAUGCCAAAAGCUUCAGGUAGCUCUCAGUACAGCAGAAAACACUGUUCAGGUGCUUCAAAAACAGCUAGAUGACGUCAAGGAGGAGGAGAUAUCAUUGUUAAGCAAACACAAGGAGGUGGAAAGUGAGCUAGCAGCUGCUAGGGAACGCUUACAGCAGCAGGCCACAGAUCUUGUACUUAAAGCCAGUCACAUUGGAAUUCUUCAAGCUACACAGAUGACACAGGAAGUUACAAUAAGAGAUUUAGAAUCAGAAAAAUCUAGAUUAAAAGAGAAACUAUCUCAGCUGGAAGAGGAAAGAAAUCUAUUGCAGAGCAAAACACAAAGUCUGGAUGAAAGACAAAGGCAGCAGAUUCUGGCACUGGAAAAGAAGGUAAAUGAAGCAAGGGAAACACAACGAGAGUAUUAUGAGAAAGAGCUGAUAAAGCUGCAAACCAGAUUGGAAGGGGAGGCGGCACUGUUAAAUGAGGCUCAUUCUAAGACCUUGGAAGAAUUGGCAUGGAAACAUCACACUGCGAUUGAGGCUGCACACAGCAAUGCUACCAAGGAAAAGAAAAAGCUGCAACUGGAGUUGGAGCAGCAAUUUGAAAAGGAGAAACUACAUCUGGAAGGGGAUAAGAAUCAGCUUAGACAGCAGUUGGAAAAUAUGAGGGAAGAACUGACAACAAAGCUGACUUCGGCCAAUCAGGAGGUGUGUCGUUUACAAGACCUAGUAAGAAAAAGUGAACAGGGCCUUGGUACUGCAGAAGGACACAUCUCCAAUCUUCAGGAAACCCAGGAAAUACUCCAAAAAGAACUAGAGUUAACCAGAGCAAGGCUGAGAGAGACCACGGAUUCAUUGUAUAAUGUUGAGGGGGAACUAGAACAGGAGAGACAGCAGCAUGAAGCAAAGAUUUCUGCCAUGAGGGAAGAGGAGAAGAUGAAAGUUGACAGAAUGGCUCGUGAUCUAGAAAUAAAAUGGACAGAAAAUCUUCGGCAAGAAUGUAGUAAACUUCGUGAAGAGUUGAGGCUUCAGCAUGAAGAGGAUAAAAAGGCAGCCAUGACUCAGCUCUUGCAACUGAAAGAACGCGAAAAAAAUGCUGCCAGGGAUGGAUGGCAAAAGAAGGUGGAAGAUCUUUUAGACCAGCGGCACUGUCUCGGUGAAGCUUUGCAUAAAUCUAUCAGCAAUAUCUCCUUGCUGAAACAGAAUCUGGAGAUGCAGCUUUCCCAGUCUCAGAGCUCCUUGCAACUGCUACAGGCGCAGUUUAGUCAGGAGCGACAAAGGCUUACCCAGGAGCUUGAGGAACUGGAAGAAGAGCAUCAGCAAAGGCAUGAAUCCCUGAAGGAAGCGCAUAUACUUGCAUUUCAAAACAUGGAACAAACAAAAGAACAAAAACAAAAGGAACUAGAAGAGCAUUUACAACAAAAACAUUCAGAAGAACUUCAGACACUGAAAGAAGCACACAAACAAGCUAUGGAAGGUUUCAAAUUGGAAAUGGAACAGGAACUUCAGACUCUUCGAUUUGAGCUGGAAGAUGAAGGGAAAGCUAUGCUAGCUUCUUUGCGCUCAGAGUUAAAUCAUCAACAUGCAGCAGCAAUUGACCAACUAAGGCACAACCAUCAACAAGAAUUGGUAGCUGCUAAAAUGGAACUUGAAAGAAGUAUAGAACUCAGCAGACGACAGGAGAAGGAAUUUUUGUGCCGAGUAUCAGAUCUACAGGAUGAACUCAAACAUCGCGACCAUCAUAUAUCUGAAUUGGACAAGGAGGUUCUGACUCUGCAUGAGAAUAUAAGUGCCCUAACCAAGGAACUGGAGUUUAAGGGGAAAGAGGUUCUCAGAAUACGCAGUGAAUCCAACCAACAGAUUAGGAUACAUGAGCAAGAUUUAAGCAAGAAACAUGAGAAAGAGCUGGAUGUCAUGACAGCAGACCACAUCAGAGAGAAACAAAGCAUACUCGCAGAUUUUAAUAAGACCCAAGAGCUACUCAAGGAAAUUAAUUCAGCUUUACAAGUUUCUUUAGAAGAAAUGGAAGAGAAAUACCAAAACAGGGAAUCAAGACCAGAAGAUUUACAGCUUAUCGCAGAGUUGAAAGACCUGAUUGCAGAGAGGGACCAACUCAUAAAGAAACUGAUUGAUGACAAAAAAUUCUAUCAACUAGAACUAGUCAACAGAGAGACAAACUUCAACAAAGUGUUUAAUGCGAGCCCUAAUGUCGGAGUUAUUAAUCCACUGGUGAAGCAAAAGAAGAAGAAUGAUAAAUCAACAAACAGGUUUGUGAGUGUUCCCAAUCUAAGUGCUCUGGAAUCUAGCGGAGUGGGCAAUGGACAUCCUAACCGCCUGGAUCCCAUUCCUAAUUCACCCAUCCAUGAUAUUGAGUUCAACAGCAGCAAACCACUUCCACAGCCAAUACCACCCAAAGAGCCCAAGAAGUUUUUGAGCCCUCCUCAGACUGAAGCUUCACCAGAUCCACAACGCCAGGAAUGGUUUGCCCGAUACUUCACAUUCUGAGAGAGAAUUUUUUUUGUGGCAUAGCGUGGUGUGGAUUGUUUAUAAGAGCAUGUCUUUAAGUAAACCCUAUGUGAACAAGCUUUCCUGUACUAUGUCAAACACUGUGAAUGAGAAAGUAUUUGUCUCUCUGAUUUGAAAAUGCACUGUAUUUCAUGUGGUAUUUGUUGGAAUCACUUGACAUGAUACUAUAUAAUGUGCGUAAUUAUAUCAAUUAUUUUUAUUUAAAAUGGAAGAGUCUUUAAACUUUGUAAUUAUUACAUAAUAAAUUUUGGUAGAACAAACAUAAGGCUUUCCCCAUUUUUCCUAUAAAUACAUUUUCUUUGGUUGCAGGAAGGCUCCCCCUCCUCCCAAAGCAAUGUACUGCAUGGUUAUAAUAAAUCAAAAUAAUCUUUCAAUGAUAAAUAAAAUAAAAUACAAAAUAUCAGACUAGGGCAAGGUAUGUUUAAUCCAUCCCAAAUUUAUUUUGUAGCACUUUAAAAAUUGUCCUCUUACUAACAUUUAAAGUGGUGAAUAUGAAAUAAAUCAGACAUAGUUUAGCUUCUGGCCUUCAGAACUGAGUGACUUUGACAAGACCAUAAAAAAACUUAGCGUUUUCUUUUUUGCUAACUUCUUACCUACUGCUAAUUAGACUCUGUACUCUAGAAAUAACUACUACAUUUGAUGUUGAGUUUCACCAGAACCUGCCUUCAUGAAUUACCUGUUUAUUUUAUGAAUAUCUACAAAGGCAAAUGAUCUUUGGAACAUUUGGGAUACUAAACUAAGAAUCAUUAAAGGAAAUCUGCAUUUUGAGGACAUCCUCCUUCAGGCAGAAUAUAGGCUUUAAAAGUAACCCUAUACACACAAUUGUAUGCAAAUAUUUUAUUAAAGCUCAACCGUAUUCAAUUGUCUACAUGAAGGAAAUUUCUUUUUUACCUUUUGACAUGAAUCCAUGGACUACUUGGCUUUUUCAGGUAGUAAGCCUGAUUCUCUAGUCCGUUAUACUGGUGUGACACCAGUGUUACUUCAUUGCCAGACAACUCCUAUAACAGAUUGGAGAAUCCGGCCUACUGUCUUUGAAUUAUCAAAAAAUAUAAAUAAUAAAGAUUAUCACAAAAUAGUUAACACUGGUAGUCUCAGGGAGAAAAAUACCUUUGUUUUAUGAAUGUAUUUUAAAUCUGAAACUCUCUUUUAAAAACAGCAAGGGACUAUUUUGAUUUAUUAUUUAAAUAAGGUUUUAAUCAGCACAUACAAAAGCACAUAGAUCUUCAUUAUUUCUUCUGAAGCCCUGACUAUAUCCUAUUUCCCUUUAUAUACAAACAAAUAUCUAGUAAAAGAUGCUCUUGCUAAUUAUGAGUUUUAUAUGUAGUAUAUAUAUAAAUGAACAAUUUGUAUGUUUUCAUAUAAAAUAUUCUAAAUGAAAUUUUUGAAAACAUCUCUUCUAUAACUCACCUUGAAAAUUUCAUGCUGCCAUAGUGUAAAGUAAACAGCAGAUUCUGUGUAGUUGGUGGACUCAACUGUAAGUAUAUGCAACUUUUUAAUUUUAAAAGAAAGCCAUAUUGGGCCAAAAUGUUAGAUUUCUUGGCUGUUACCUGAAAUAAAACACACUAGAUCAUUUUGCUAUAACAUUC